CUCGUUUCACAAUGACCACGACUCAUUGGAUGAAUUCUGGAAGACCUACAUGGGUUAAUGUCAACUUGAAGACCUCGCGAAAGGCCACUAGUUCAUAGUACUUGUUGCUAAUACUGCAAAUCAGCAGCGUAACACUGACAUCUUGAAGCGCUAAAGUAAGCUAGGCCAACCAUCGCACUUGACUUCCAUCCGGAAUUCGGCUCAAUCCUUCGCGACGAGCACUGCACACUGCGGCACUGCCAUUACCGGCGGCUACGCCGUGGAACGUCUUUUCCGAUAUUCUGAAAUUUGAGUCAUAUGUCAUGGACCACUCAUGGCGGUCAUAUAAGUUGAGAUUCCUGUGCAUUUCAACCUUGUUCUAACGGUCUAGCUACAGGUCCGAGCAUACUAUUGACUAGGGCGGUGCUAACCUGAAGACAAAAAGGCCAAUGUACACAUAAUUCGGGUUGGUCUAUCUUACUGUUCUUCUGUGGGUCUUUCCACUGUGGCAUGUCCGACAUUGUUAUUCAAUGUGGGCGCCUUGGCAUGCUGCACAAUACGCCAAUGGUUGUUGCUACAGGCCAACACAACCAACACGCCACAAAGGAAUCAUUUAUAAAGCCAUCGAAUUCAUGGAAACUAUCAUCAUCCUCUUCUUCGCCAAUGUCCUCCCAAAUGCUUGCCGACUAUCUACAAAGACGUGAGAAGCUUAUCACAGAGGACCGCGCGUUGCGAAUAGACCGUGUUCGUGCAAAUUACACCACAGCUGAACGGAUGGCAGAUGAAGUUGUGCGCUCCAUCCGUGCUAGAGAAGCUAUCACUGUUUGGGGGAUUGAUCACGAGCAUGUCCCUCACCCAUACCCAGGGAUGGAGUUCUUGAACGCCAAAGAUAUCAUUUUACAGACGGAUCUCUACAGUAAAAUAGUCUCCAAAAUGCCAAAGGGUGCGCUAUUGCAUGUACACCAGAACGCCUCGGUGGAGGCAAGAACACUUCUUGAUCUGGCAUUGGGUCAUCCCGCGAUACAUAUCCGCAUCCCGGGUCCGUUGGACAGAGAUUCUCUCGAAACUGUACUGCCCACAAUUCAGCCAAUUCCUGUGGAACAGUAUCCUGCCGCCGAUGAUGUAACUGGUAUCACAGAUGUUUUAUACACCGGGGGCUGGGUUCCUAUCAAGAAGGCGCGAGAGCUCUUCGAUCCUGCACUAGGCGGCCCUGCUGGGUUUGAUAAGUGGGUGCUCAGCGCCUUUAUGAUAAAUCCCAGCGAUGCGUACCAUACGUACAAUACACCGAUGAAAAUCUGGCUGAAGUUUGGAAGUACCUUUGGCGUGACUGAUCCCAUUAUCCGUUUCGUGCCGAUUCAAAAGGAAUACUUGCGGAUGUUCCUUCGCUCGUCGAUAGAUGAUGGUAUCUCGUAUAUCGAGGUUCGAACUAGCUUUUUCAAAAAAUACAUACUUGGAGAGGACGCGAAGACCAAACUUGAAUUACGUGAACUACUGUUGAUAUUCCGAGAGGUCACAAACGAAAUAAAAGCGGAAAUGAAGGCGAAAGGUCGGGAAGAUGAUUUCUCUGGGAUGAAGAUUAUCUAUAAUACCCUGAGAAUUGUCUCCGCCGAAGAAUUGGAAUCAGAACUAGAGCAGUGCAGCAGAUUCAAGCAGGAAUUCCCGGACCUUAUUGCUGGAUUUGAUCUCGUGGGCCACGAAGAUGGGGCGGAGUGUAGACCGCUUCUUGAUUACGCAGAGCCACUUCUGCGUUUCGCCGAGCAGCAUCCGGAUAUUCCAUUCAUUUUUCAUGCUGGUGAAACUCUAGGUGAUGGCACUGCAGCGGACAUGAACCUGUAUGAUGCGAUUCUUCUUGGAACGAAGCGUAUCGGACACGGUUUUUCCCUGGCGAAGCAUCCCAAAUUAAUGGAAAUUUGUCGAGAGAAGAAAAUAGCAAUCGAAGUCUGCCCUAUAUCAAAUGAAGUACUACGUCUUACCUCAUCGAUGCCUAUGCACCCCCUCCCAAUAAUCAUGAACCAAGGCAUUCCGGUGGUACUGUCUUCAGACGAUCCUGCGAUGUUUAAUAGUAUGGGGUUGUCCUUUGAUUUCUUCCAGGUACUAGUAGCAAGUGAAGUUACGGGACUCCUUACUCUUGGCCAGAUGGCCCGUGACAGCAUUACAUAUUCCAUGCUAGAUGAACGAAGCAAGCGCAUAGCUAUAGAUGCAUGGGAACGACGGUGGGCCAAAUUCGUAGAAGAGGUUGCAGCGAUGGAUCCGUGAUUCAGUGAAACUUUGGCUCCCCGAAAUACCGAAAUAUGGAGCUUUGGAUGUUGUGGAGAUGCAUAAACUUAUCGAACUUGUGUAAAUAUUGAGUACGGACACUCCUUCAUCAGGGAAAUCGGUGAUUCCUAAUUUGACACAAUUCUCGCGGAUUGUUGAGGAUUCGAUACGUUCGAUUGAUAUGACUGAUUUUUUUAGUCCCCCUCCCAAUUGUAGACAAUUCACCCUAAUUACUACAAUACCAAAGUAUAAAUCACA